AUGUCCCCUUCCUCAUCCGUGGGCUCCGACGUCUUCGCUGUGCUCGCCUUACUGUCUAUCUCAGCAACCGUCGUCCUCCUUCUUCGGUACUACCUACCUCUACGGACAACUCCUGCAUACCUGCUAGUCCCUGUCUUCCUGGCUCUUGCUCUUCCGUCCUCCAUAGUCCUUCUGGUUCCUAUCGACUUGGCCUCGUCUUCUGGCACUGAUACAGAUGGUCAAAGAGGAAUAUGGUUGCCCGACAAUGUCAUGCUGGUUGCCUGGAGGCUGGCAUACUGGCUGACCUUCUGUCUUACAUGGUUUGUACUCCCUUUACUCGGCGAAUACUGUGAUUCUGGAUACCGAGAACCAAAGGACCGCUUCAUCUACUCUCUCCGAUCCAAUGCGCGAUACCAACUUAUUACACUUUCCCUUGGAACCGCUGGUGCCGUCUAUUUCUUUUGGCAGAAUCACCACGACGAUACUACAACCAAAGCCACAACUCUCAAGGCUUUGGUAAUGGCCAUGGCAUACGCCUACGGUCUGGUACUGGCUAUCUACCUCAUGGGUCACGGACUUGUCGCCAUCCCGCGUCGUCUAAUCAGGGAUGCUAGCGUCAAUGCCAGAUUGAAGAGGCUCCAGAGCCAUGCACCGGGUAUACACGACAAGCUGGACCAGGCCAUCGAGGAUCUAAAUCAGGUCGAGGCUCAGGUCCUUCAGCUACGCCAACGUAAGAACGCAAUGCCCAGAGAUCUGCAAGAUUGGGUCGAAGAACUCUACGACAAGUCCAGCCUGCCCGAAUCACGCCCUGCUGUCACCUACGCAUCUGUGCCUGCACCUCCACCUGUCGUCACAGAAAGAUAUCUGGCAGAACUAUCCCGAAAGGUGAAGCGUGCCCGGCACAAGCGCGCACGCUUUACCGGCGAGUGGAACCAUCUGGUCAGACAGGCUGCUAGAUUCCAGUCGCUCAUCGACUUUCCCUCGUCACAACGUCCGAAAGCAGCAAAUAUGCGCUAUCAUGUUCAAGUUCAUAUCUUGCCUGCUCUCCGUGUUGUCGCAGGAGUCUUUCUCGCUUGCGCAUCUAUCGCCUUGCUCUGGUCAGAAGUGGUGCAUGAGAUGGAGCCAAAGCUUUCUUUAGUUGGCAUGAGUGUUGUUCAUCAUCCUUCGAGCUCUCGGGGACAGAUCGGUUUCGCCGGUCAGAUGAUCUCCGCUGCAUGGUUGCUAUACAUGUGUGCUGCAGCUCUGUACUCUGUUACAGAAGUCAAGGUCUGGGGCAACCGUGCGCUUGUACGCCGCCAGACUUAUGCCGAGAGUGCAUGUUGGUACAGCUUACAGGUGGCCAAGCUCACGGUCCCUUUGAGCUUUAACUUCAUCACCAUGAUCGAUCCCACGAUCAGCGAAGGCACCACCUUCUACCGUUUCCUUGGACGUCUGAUCAACCUCACACCAGUGAUUGGCAACUUCUCGGCCUACUUCCCAAUUGUCGUCCUGCUCCCUGUUGUUGCGACUUUGUUCAACCUCUACGGCAAGGUCAAGAACGUGGUUGGCUUCGGCGUGCUUGAAGACGAACACGAUGAGCCGGGAGCAGGCACAUGGCGCGAGGGUCGUAUUCUAAUCGAACGUGAACUUCAAGCCGAUGGUUCGCAGCUCAACCUGGCAUCCUCCAGUCUCUUUAACAACAAUCGCGCUUCAGCCGCAAGAAGAGCUGCUGCACGGAUGCCUGAAGAGGAUGAAGACACGAGUGACAGAGCCUUCUUCCAGGAUGUUGGUCAGCGUAUGCGCAACACCUUUGAUACGGUAGAGACACCAGCCUGGCUUCGGGACAUCGGAGAGGGUAUCAAGAAACCUAGGUGGAUGAGUGGAGGCGGUGAUGAUGGCGCACAAAGUUCAGGGGAUGGACCCAACUUCUUCGGAAGGUUGUUUGGCGGUAGCAGUGGUGACAAUGGUAAUAUUAGGCUGUAG